AUCGCUCUUUACCCCCUUGCGCAAAGUGUCAUUUUCUGUGCGGCGGCAGUGGCGGUGGGCUACUGUAUACGUGUAUACGUUGCUGUGUUAUGCUGCUCCAAUUUCUCGCUGGCGGUAACCCGUCAAUGACCUUACUACAUUUGUAAUUUCCCUCUUUGCUAUACGCAAGUGAAUGUUCACGGAGACGUCGAGAUUGUUCCGGCACAGUGAUUUUGAAGCAGUUUUCACCCCCGCUGUAUUAUGCGAUGUAUAGUCACGACGCCAUGGCAACGUGCAAACAUCGGCAGUCUUGCGUCCGUCGCUGCAUCCUGGCAAUUUUUCGAAAUAGCGCAUCAAUUAAAUUGACCAAAUGUUACAAUCGUACGAGCCGAAGAAAUACACGGUGAUAACGAAAAAGCUGCUGCUUUCACAAGCGAAUGAGCAGGCAACGAAGGGCAGACGCCACACUGCUCUGGAGAAAAUCGAGGAAAUCCGGCUGGAAUACUUGAAUAUCUUGAAAAUAGAUUGUCUGUGGCCACUGACGAAUGUGGUAAAGCUGAAGCUAAACAACAACGUGAUUGAGAAAAUCGAGAAUCUCGAGUCCUUGGUGAACCUUUGCGAGCUCGAUUUGUCCUUUAACAAGAUCACCAAAAUUGAAAACUUGGAAGCACUGAAAAAUAUCCACGUAUUGUCUUUCUACGACAAUGAGAUCGAAGUCGUCGAAGGGCUUGACAGUAUGAAUAGUCUCACGAUUCUGAGCCUCGGCAAAAAUAAUAUUUUCGAUUUAGAUCAUGUGUUGUACCUUCGCCAGUUCAAAGAGUUACGCAGCUUGCAGAUGGCAGGGAACCCUUGCACGGAGCGCAGCGGAUACAAAUGCUAUCUGAUGGCGUUCGCACCACAAUUGGUUUAUUACGGCUAUAAAAUGAUCACGGAUAAAGAGCGUGAGGAUGCCAAUGAGAAGCACCGUCGAGCUUUAUCCAACAUGCAAGAAGCAGAAAUGAAGAAACAAAAAGAAUUGGAAACCGCGGAGCUUGCGCACAGAAAAGUCGAGCAGCAAUCUGCCUCUUACGUUGAAUAUCUCGAUGAAGAUUGCUUGUUCCUGCAGAUGUUCAUCGAUGAUGAUGAGGGAAGGAAAUUGGCGGAGCUUACUCAAGAUACCAAAGUCGCGUACGAGCAAUAUCGGCAAACCUUCUCCGAAAUCUGCCACCAGUUAUACGAGCUCGGCUUGAAGGAAGAACUUCGCAGGCAAGAUGAGGUGAAAGCCCUGAGAAGUAUCGUUGAGAGGGUCGAAGCGGCAGUCAUGAAAAAAGCUCGAGCGAUUAUCAACAGCAUUCAAGGUAAAAGAUUGGAAAUAACCGUUCGAGUAACACAAAUGCUACGCGAGGCAGCUAUAGCAGCCGAGGAUGCGGACCUCGAUGACGACACGAUCGAUGAAAUCGACCGACUUGCCAAGCAAUUGUCGCGAGACUUCAACAUCUUCCUUGUCAAUAUGCGAACAAAACUUAUGCGCGAGGAGACGAUUGUCGACGAGCAGAUCGAGGAGAUGAUUCGAAUGUUUAAAACUAAUAUUACUGAUAUGGUUACUUCAUUCCUUGAACCUGCCCAGGAAUAUUUCACACAACUAAGGAACCUUGAGACUGAGUAUAACGACAAUAUCGGGCCCCUGGUUAUGUCGUACUUGAAUAGUUUGGAGGACGAAGAAAAGUCACCAUUCUUAUUGUCUUUGCUGGAGGAUAAAGAUGCUUUGCAGAAUUGCCUUGCUACUUCGCAUUUUAUGCAUUUGAAGGUGAUCGACGAUCGACAAGAUCGCAUGAACAAUCGCUUAAAAGAAUGGAAUACUAAAUUUGUUGAGAAAUUAUUUGAGCAAAAUACUAAAAUGAGAAGAGAUCGAAUUUUGGAGAUUACACAUUUUCUCGACUAUCACAUUGAAAACUCAACGGUUGCGAAGAUACUAGGACAACAAUCCUCUCAAAUGGAAACUAAGGAAGGGGAAGAGGAAGAGGAAGAGGAAUCUGUUGCAGAAACUGUAGAGGAAGCCGAGAAAUCUGAAGAAGAUUGAAAAACAAAUAAUUUUUUUAAU